AUGGAGACCACCACUUCCGGAGGCGGGGUGAGCCCCUCCGGGCUGCACCCCCAGGCCCACGUCCCGCCCCAGCGGCGGUUUCUCUGCACAGGGACCCCAGAGGCCCCGGCCGGCACGGCCGCCUGUGGCCGCAUCUGCUGCGAGAUGACCGAGGACUUCCGCCUUCUCCCCUUCCCAGCACCGCCGCCUGUGGCCGCAUCCGCUGCAAGAUGA